UGGAUAUUUGGUGAUCAAACCAUGUGAUCAUCCUUUGCCCUGUCACAAAAGUACUCAAUCCAGAAGGUUAAGAGGUAUUAAUGGAAAGAAAGGUGAYGGUCAGUACUAUGUGAGUGGACAUCGWGGAGCAGGAGAAUCAUUUUCAGGGUCUUCUUCAUAUCCUGAAAACACAAUCAGUGCCUUCAAGGCUGCUAGUCGUCUGGGAAUAGAUUAUGUUGAAAUGGAUGUCCAAGUUUCUAAAGAACGAAUUCCAGUAGUAUUUCAUGACACAACUGUCAAGCUUUGUUUAAAGGAUUUACCCAGUCCGCUGAUUCUAGAGGUCCCACUGAAAGAUCUUACCAUAGAACAAAUGCAAAAUGCCAAGGUUGCAGGUAUAAAAGAACAUGAAGCAUAUCUGAAGGCCAAAGAAGAAUCUGGUAACUUAGAUUCUGUUGAAAUGGAUUUCCAACUUUUUCCCACACUGAAUCAUGUAUUUGAUGAAGUUCCUGAAGACACUGGAUUUUUGAUAGAGUUGAAGUAUCCACUUGCAGAAAUG